CAAAGAGGAACAUCUCAGCCUGAGACAGGCCCAGCAGGAAGGGCUCUGAGAGGCUGAAAGACUAGGCAGGACUGGUACAAGGCUGGGGGAAAGGGAGGGACCAGCCCUGCACCAGUGGGUGUGGCUCCACCCUUCCCACCUCAGAGCCAUGGGGAGCCGGGGUCCUGGUGGGCUGCCCCUGGUGCAGGCCCCCUACACGGUUCUGCUGCUGCCACUGGAGACAAGCCGCCAAGACCCAGGGGCCCAGCGCUUCUUCCUCUGGCUGCAGAGGAUGCAGGCUCUGGAGCGAGAACAGGAUGCCCUGUGGCAGGGGCUGGAGCUGCUGGAGCAUAGCCAGGCCUGGUAUGAGGGCCGUCUGAGGGAGGCCCAGCAACAGCAGCUGUAUCUGGGGGCCCUUGGUGAGAAUUUUCUAACAGAUUUACACUCAGAGCCUGGUGGCCCCCAGUUAGCCCAGAUUCAAAAGGUGAACAUCUGUUUGCAGAAUCUGAUUCAGGGGAAGUUCUCCCCCCGUCCCCUGAACAAAGCUCGUUCCUGCCCCACCCAGGGCUGGAAGGGAAGGCCAAGGGAGCAGCACGUGUGGCAGCAACAGGAGGUGUCAAGGCAGCAGAAAGGAGUCCCUAAGCCAAAGAGGGAGGUGGCUCAGCCAGGCUGCCCCAAUGGACGGAGGGGCCCUACCCGUGUCUAAGGUCUCAUGUGGUUCCCCUCAG